AUGGCUGUAUCUUCAGCUAUCUCAGAACCACAGUAUCUAGAAUACCUGGAGAAUGCAUCCAGUUUCAACACAAGGCUAUGCAUAGAGCGACGACUGAGACUGCCCUAUCUGGAUUCUCAAACAGACGAGCACCAGAUCACGACGGUGGAGAACACGGCGCUGAGCAGCAGCGACGACGUGGCGCCCUCUGCUGCUGUCGCCGAGGAGACGAGCAAGGACGUGUGGUACAAGGACUACGACGAGCUGAGCGACCCGCCGGACGCCGGCGAGAUCGAGGACGUCGACUCGGACGAAUACGAGGACUACUCGACGCGCCGCUCUCGCAAGAAGAAGCCACCUGCCAGGAAAAAGAAGGAGAAGGAUGCAGGGAAGACGGAAAAGGAGUUGGAAGUUGAGAAGCCAUAUUGUUGUGAUAGAAAGAAGGGCAACGGACCGGCGCAGCUUAGCGAGUACUGCGACUUCUGCCUGGGCGACGCCUCCGAGAAUAAGAAGACGCUGCUGGCAGAGGAGUUGGUUUCCUGCUCCGACUGUGGCCGUUCCGGUCACCCAACGUGUCUGCAGUUCAACGAAAACAUGAUCAUCUCAGUAAAGCGAUACAGGUGGCAGUGCAUCGAGUGCAAAUCCUGUGGGUUGUGCGGCACAUCUGAGAACGACGAUCAGCUGCUGUUCUGUGACGACUGUGAUCGCGGCUACCACAUGUACUGUCUCAAACCUCCACUCACCGAACCACCUGAAG